AAUUAACUCUUUUGAAUGCAUCUCCUGAGUUUGUACGGUUUAGUUUACGAUUCGGCUUUAAAUAAAUAGACCUAAAAUCUUUUAAAAAUACGAUUCCACACUACUUUGUGUAAUGGUGUGAGAAGCUGUAUGAAGAAAUGGAAAGUUUAAAUGUAAUUCAAACGAGCUGCUUUAUUGGCGCUGUUGUCACUGAACUGUACACUAGGAAUAGGAAACAAAUCUACUAAUUUUAUGCAACGUUAGCCUAGUUUCAGUAUAAUCAGUGUCGCGUUAAAUUAGCGGUUUUCUAAAUGGAGUUCUGCACGACGCUCUCUCCGUGCUGGUGAGCGGAAUGUGGUGGGACAUGGCAGAGUCCUGGUGGCCUGAACACAACACUGGAGACACACAGAGGACAGGAGGAGGACAUGGUGUUUACGAUAAAGACUUUAUAACACGGUAAAGAAAAUGAACUUCAAACAUCAGUGAGGACUGCAGACAUGGACCUAUUCAAACAACAGAAAGUGGAGGAUUUCUAUGAAAUUGGUGAAGAGUUGGGAAGCGGGCAGUUCGCCAUCGUGAAGCAAUGCAGAGAGAAAAGCACAGGUCUGGAAUUCGCUGCCAAGUUCAUCAAGAAGCGGCAGAGCAUGGCGAGCUCUCGGGGAGUGCGGCGGGAGGAGAUAGAGCGGGAGGUGGACAUCCUGCAGCAGAUCCAGCACCCCAACAUCGUCACGCUGCACGACGUCUACGAGAACCGCACCGACGUGGUGCUCAUCCUGGAGCUGGUCUCUGGAGGCGAGCUGUUUGACUUCCUGGCACAGAAGGAGUCUCUGAGCGAGGAGGAAGCCACUCAGUUCAUCAAGCAAAUCCUGGAGGGUGUGAACUACCUCCACGCCAGAAAAAUAGCACACUUUGAUCUCAAGCCUGAGAACAUUAUGCUGCUGGACAAGAACGUGCCGCUGCCCAGAAUUAAACUCAUUGAUUUCGGUCUCGCACACAAGAUUGAAGCUGGGGUUGAGUUCAAAAACAUCUUUGGAACGCCGGAGUUUGUAGCUCCGGAGAUCGUCAACUAUGAGCCUCUGGGACUAGAAGCAGACAUGUGGAGCAUUGGUGUCAUCACCUACAUCCUGCUGAGCGGCGCUUCACCCUUCCUGGGGGAGACCAAACAGGACACACUGAGGAACAUUUCAGCCAUAAAUUAUGAGUUUGACGAGGAGUUCUUCUGUCACACCAGCGCGCUGGCCAAGAAAUUCAUCAGCCAGUUGCUGGAGAAAGAUAAAAAGAAAAGAUUAACAAUUCAAGAUGCUCUCAAUCAUCCAUGGAUCAAGUCCAAUGAGCACAAGGAGGAGAAUAAAGCCCGGGAGCCGAAGAAACGGGAGCGGCGCCAGCUGAAGACCAAGCGCCUGAGGGAGUACACUAUCAAGUCCCACUCGAGCAUGCCACCCAACAACACCUAUGUAAACUUUGAGCGCUUUGCCCAGGUGGUGGAGGACAUUGACCAGAUGGAGAGCUCGUUCGUUAGCUUGGCGGCAGCCCACGACUCUCUGCAGGAAGACAUCGAUGCCAUGGUCUCUAUAUACAACGAGAAGGAGGCCUGGUACAAGGAGGAGAGCGAAGGCGUGCGCCACGAGCUCUCGCAGAUCCGCUACGAGUUCCGCAAGGUGGAGGCCUUCAAGAGGAGCCUGCAGGACGACAUGCAGGCGUUCAGCUCCAGCCUCGGGGCCAUCAGCAGCCGCUACCAGGAGAGGCAGAACCACUUCGAUGCGCUGCGUCUGGAGCUCAGCAACGAGCUGAAAUGGGUGCAGGAGGUGAUGGGUUCGUUUCCCACGGACGGAGGCGGCGGAGGAUACCCCAACUGCAGCUUCUCCACCGUCUUCAACAACGACGUGAACGAGGCCCUGAAAGAGCUGCUGAACCGCUCCUGUGGAGGAGAACUGCUGUCCGGGAUCAACCUGGACUUUGAAAGUGGACAGCAGAGAUAAACCGUCGUCACAAGAGGCUGCAGAGAGAGGACUGUGUAAGGCCCUCGAGGAGGAUCUCUGGUGCUACACGUUAAGAUUUGGCAGAAAAACAGAAAUAUUCUGCUAUUUUUGUAAAAAAAACAGCUCAUUUCAAGCUGAAAAUAAUAAUUUGAACAAAAAGCAAAGAACUUUUUAGCCAAUGAUGUCUAUUGUCUGUGUUGGAGAUAAUAGGCUUUUUCAUAUGUGUAUUUUCUCUAUGAUAGCUUAGUAUAAAAACAGUAUAAACACUUGUUAGUAUG